CUUGAAUGCACCAGUAGACACGUGUACCGGGAAGUAGGAAGUAAAUACAGAGAAGCAGAGGUUCCACUUGGACCAAGUCUGGACCAUGAUUGAAGGCUACAGCCCUUUUACACAGGCCCUGCUGGGAACUCUGUUCACCUGGGGUCUGACUGCUGCUGGAGCUGCCCUAGUGUUUGUCUUCUCCAGUCGACAGAAGCGAAUCUUGGAUGGAAGUUUAGGCUUUGCAGCUGGGGUGAUGCUUGCUGCUUCCUAUUGGUCAUUGCUUGCACCAGCAAUUGAAAUGGCAGAAGAUUCUGGGAAAUACGGCUCGUUUGCUUUCAUGCCAGUGGCUGGGGGAUUCACACUUGGAGCGGCCUUCGUCUACUUUGCUGAUCUGGCUAUGCCCCUGCUGGGUGUAGGUGCUGACCCCCACACUGCCUUGGCUGUGCCCCCUGAAUCAAAGCUGGUCAAAGAAAAAUCAGAGGAGGCCCAAUUCCAAGCCUGGAACAAGGAAGACGAUAUGACUAUCAGGAUAGAUAAAAUAGAGAAUGGAGAAGUGUACCAGAGGAGGAGAGGACCUCAUUUAGAAAGCUCAGAGGAUGGGGAAACAGGAAGUAAGCAGCCUGAACAAGUGGGGCAGACAGGAAGCAGCUGGAGAAGAAUUCUUCUCCUCAUUCUUGCCAUCACCAUUCACAACAUCCCAGAGGGUUUGGCUGUCGGAGUAGGAUUUGGAGCCAUUGGAAAGACUUCAUCUGCUACUUUUGAAAGUGCUAGAAAUCUGGCCAUUGGUAUUGGAAUCCAAAAUUUCCCAGAAGGCUUGGCUGUGAGCCUGCCACUCCGAGGCGCAGGAGUGUCAACGUGGACAGCCUUCUGGUAUGGCCAGCUAAGCGGCAUGGUAGAGCCUAUUGCUGGCAUGCUGGGUGCUGCUGCUGUUGUUAUGGCCGAACCUCUUCUGCCAUAUGCAUUGGCAUUUGCUGCCGGGGCAAUGGUUUAUGUCGUUGUGGAUGACAUCAUACCUGAAGCUCAAGUCAGUGGCAAUGGUAAGCUGGCAUCCUUAACCUCCAUAUUGGGCUUCGUGGUGAUGAUGUCACUGGACGUUGGGCUGGGAUGACAGAGCAAAGAGAGAGAGAGAAGUCCUCGAGCCCUCGAUGGCCUCGAUUUCAUCACAGUGCUGCUGACUUCUGUUUUAAAAAGGGGACCAAAAUAUGAAGUGUUUUAUACUCAAGCACUAGUUGUAAGUUUUGAAAAAAAAAAAAAUACUUGAAAUUGAGCAAUAAUUAAAAGUGACACGAUAUAUUUUGUAAUACAUUAUAUUUAACGUGUUUCAUACUUAUUGUCAUAUCAUAAGAGCUGAUGUUUAACUCGUGUUGCCAGUUGUGAAAAUCCAAUGAAUGCUAUUUGUUAUUUUACUUCUUCUAAUCUAUGUAUGACCUCUUGUUGGCAAUACUUGAAGUAUGUUAUUUGAUUUGUUAUUUGCUCUGCUCCGUUUCAAAUACGCUGCGAGUCUAUUUUCGACGGUUUACGUUUUAGCCAAUGAGUCAAGCUGGACAGGAAGUCUGACAAACGCACAAAGCGUCCGGUCAAUUUCAAAAUAAAACACAAUAUACAGACUCAUGAUCGCAUGUUCCAUACCUUUAUCAACAUUACGUCAGAACAGGCACCGCAUGAACAACAUAUCAUCCUCAGAAAGACCUAGCAACAUGUUUGCACGUCUCUAUUCCCGUGAUCUUGUUUUCCUCCUGAGAUGUGUGUACUGCUGCUCAUGGCUGUGUCUGCUGCGCUCACGUUUCAAAAAACGGGGUAGGGUGCGCGCCAUCCGACACAGCAAAAUGGACGGAGUAUGUGGAAAUUGGGGGUAAAUCUCUUCACAAUUAUGACUUUUGUAAGAUAUAACAAUUAACAUCACACAUAACAUACAUGUAAUGGCAUUUUUUCUUGUAUUAUGACAAACUCAAAAUUUAUAUAAUAAGAUACAGUCACUUAUCAGAUUAUACAGUGCCUUCUUUUUAGGGCACAGCUAUGAGGGCUCAUCGUGAAGAAUUCCAUGUUGUGAUCUACAUUUAAUUAUUAAAUACUGAAAUUAA